ACAGCAGUGUCCCAUCAACCAUCAACAGUAUCUCAGCAAAGCUCUCUUUCUGUCGGCUGCUCCGGACCGAUACUUAGUUGUGAAGAUAGCCAUGUGAACUUCAUGCAAGAUCGCAUCGUCGAACUCCCGAGUGGUGACAGUUCAUCAUGCCUCUCGGAUUUGAGCGCUUGAACGAGCGGCAACAGCGCCCUAAUGCGAACAUCAACUUCAUCAAGCCGCUGGAGACGGCAGACAAGGCGAUUGCCGAGGAUUUCUUGCAGCGAAUCGCGGCGCAAUGUUAUCCUGUCAUGAAGAAGAACCACAUUUCAGUAAUGUCAUUGGAGGAGUAUCCGCCCAACCCCGAAUUCCUCGGUCGCAAUUUCAACGCCGGCGAGGUCAUUCAGCUCGUACUAAAGAACAAACAAGGUCAGUGGCUUAGCAUGAAGUUCGUCCAAAUGGUCAUGAUGCAUGAGUUGGCGCACUGCAAGCAAAUGAAUCAUAGUCGCUAUUUCUGGAAUGUCCGCAACGAAUAUGCAAAAGAGAUGGAAGAGCUUUGGCGGCAGAAAUACGUUGGCGAAGGCAUGUGGGGGCGUGGCAGAGGGCUUAACAGCGGUCUAUUCAUUCAUGAUCGUGCCCCGGAUAACUCUGAGAUCCCAGAGCACUUAUGUGGCGGAUCAUAUCGACGGCGUGGUCACAAGCGAAAGCGAGGCGCAGCCGUCGGAAGCGAGACUCAAGAGAAGUUGACGUAUGCGGAACGGCAGCAACGGCGCAUUGCUCGGAAGUUCGGAAAGCAUGGAGAAGGAUCUUCGCUGGGUGAUGAUGAGCUGCUGCGUGGUGCACUGGAAACAAUGAACGGUGGAAAGCGCAGUGCCGGCAAGCCUCGAGUUGCAAACAGUAAGCGAGGGAGAGAGCUUCGAGCGAAUGCCGCUCUGGCGCGAUUCGAACAGAACAAAAUCAAGAAAGAGGAGCUGUGUGAUGGGAGCGAGACGGAGUCCGACUGGGAGGAUAAUGAUCAACCCAGAAUAUAUGCCGAAGAUGGCGUGCGAAUCAAGGACGAACACGGCCAUGAUCUGAUAAAGGUUUGUGGCGAAGGGGGUGAGGAUGAGGAGGACAGUGCGAAGGAUGAGAUGAAUGAGUUGCGUCAGUUGGGAUGCGUACGAGGUCAGAAACCCAGCGCCGACAGCACGAUCAAGACUGAAGAAAUCGAUGGUUCUGAGACCGAAUCUGAAGCGGGUGACUCGAACACGAGUAUGGACACAGAUCAUGCCCGCCUAAAAAUUCGCGAAGACCAGAAAUCGGUCGUAGAGCCAAGAUCUGAAACCGAGAGCGAAGUCGAAGACAUACCAGAGAAAAUUACACGAAAUACGCCAGCCGCAGUCAAUGGCAGUCCUUACUCUACGCUCAACGCACAUCUGCAGGCCAACGACAGCAUUACAACUCGCCGAACUGGAGCUUCCCCCGUUGUUGAGCCGAACAUGCCUGAUCAGCCUGCAACAAGCAUGGCGACAACUACAGCACUAUCGUCGGUAUCGCUUAUCUGUCCAAUCUGCUCUCUGGAAAACAAUGAGGCGUCCCCAACCUGCAUCGCUUGCUCACAUGUACUCCUGCCACAUCUUAUACCAAAUCAUUGGCGAUGUCAAAGUGAGACCUGCAAGAUGUCAGAAUAUAUCAAUGCUGGCGACGUCGGUCGAUGUAACCUCUGCGGAGCACAGAAGCCCAAGGCUAUAAGCUCGGCUCCUGCUGCGACUGGCCGAGAUUUUGGCAUCACGAGAGCUGAUAUCUUGAGAUGGGAUUAAAUAUGAGCUCAUGCGAGUAACGAUAAUGACUGUAUGAGCACAAUGAUUUUGUUUUCAGGAUCGGGCUGAAUCCCUCGACGUGAUAAUUUGCUUGCUUGAUUCCAGG